AACACGCGUUCGUGAAUCAACUCUAGAGUCGGCUCAGAAAAAAAAAUUGGAAACGUCAGAAACGUCAAAUCGAUAUUACGUGACGAUAAAGUUCAUAAUGGGUUAUCGCUGGUGAUAAAAUAAUACUUGCGUUUAUGUAAAAGAAAAACAUAACUGUGUUCAAUUAUUCUAGUCAUUACAAUUUAUAUUUCAUCAUCAUGAACAACAAGCUUUUACAAGUCUUCCUUUACGAUGCCGCUAAGAAGUUUCAGAGGUUUUCACUACAAAGCUUGAAGAGUUCAUCACUGUCAGUGCAGGCCAAAACCGGCCUUCAAAAAACUUUUCCAGUCAGAAGUUAUAGUACAGCUGCAGCCAUGGACAAGAAGUUGUUGAAUGGAAACUUAUGGGACACGGAUCCGGAGCUGUUCGAGAUUAUUGUGAAGGAGAAGAAGCGGCAGGAGGCGGGGCUGGAGAUGAUCGCUUCAGAGAACUUCACAUCUGUUCCGGUGCUCCAGUGCCUGAGCUCAUGUCUCCACAACAAGUAUUCUGAGGGCAUGCCAAACCAGAGAUAUUAUGGAGGCAAUGAAUAUAUAGAUGAAAUUGAAAUUUUAGCUCAACAGCGUUCUCUACAGACUUACAGACUCAAAGCUGAAGAAUGGGGAGUCAAUGUACAACCCUACUCAGGUUCCCCGGCCAAUUUCGCGGUGUACACGGGCGUUGUGGAGCCCCACGGCCGCAUCAUGGGCCUGGACCUGCCCGACGGUGGACAUCUCACCCACGGCUUCUUCACACCGACUAAGAAGAUCUCUGCUACCUCCAUCUUCUUUGAAAGCAUGCCAUACAAAGUGGACCCCAAGACCGGUCUGAUCGACUACGACAAGCUGGCGGAGACCGCUCGGCUGUUCAAGCCCAAGCUCAUCAUCGCCGGCAUCUCGUGCUACUCUCGCUGUCUCGACUACAAGCGCUUCAGGCAGAUCGCUGAUGAGAACGGCGCGUAUCUCAUGGCUGAUAUGGCUCACAUCUCCGGAUUGGUUGCUGCAGGAGUGAUCCCCAGCCCGUUCGAAUACUGUGACAUAGUCACCACGACCACCCACAAGACGCUCCGCGGUCCUCGCGCCGGCGUCAUCUUCUUCCGCAAGGGAGUGCGCUCCGUCAAGGCCAACGGAGACAAAGUCAUGUACGACUUCGAGACCAAGAUCAACCAGGCUGUCUUCCCUGGUCUGCAGGGCGGCCCCCACAACCACGCCAUCGCUGCCAUUGCCACCGCCAUGAAGCAGGCUCAAACCCCUGAGUUUGUAGAGUAUCAGAAGCAGGUGAUCAAGAACGCCCAGCGCCUCUGCUCCGGCCUAGUGUCUCGCGGCUACGACAUCGCGACUGGCGGCACCGACGUGCACCUCGCGCUGGUCGACAUGCGCGGCGCCGGCCUCAGCGGAGCCCGAGCCGAGAGGAUACUGGAGCUGUGCAGUAUCGCGUGUAAUAAGAAUACUGUGCCUGGGGACAAGAGCGCGCUGAACCCUAGCGGCAUCCGACUUGGAACCCCCGCCCUUACUACCAGAGGCUUCAAAGAGACCGACAUGGACCGAGUAGUCGACUACAUCGACAAGGCUCUCAAGCUAGCGCAAGAGAUCACCAAAAUCUCCGGACCCAAACUGGCCGACUUCAACAAAGUAAUUGAAGAAAACAAGGACGUCAAAUCCAAAGUACACUCUCUUAAAGAGGAGAUUGAGAAGUUCAGUAGAUCUUUCGCUUUACCCGGCUUUGAGACGUACUAAUUUAAAACAAGCAUUUGGCACUGGUGCCGUAUGUUGUUAACCUUAAAAUGAGGUUAUAGAAGGCUGAACAUUGUUUCACUGCGCAUGAUACGACAUAGCGACACUGCUACGAAUGGUAUCCGAUUAACAUACAAAAUGAGCGCGUUGUAAAAGUGUGCCUUGUGUGAACGCCAUUCCAUUAUAGUUCCUUGGUUAUUGUUAUUCGUAAAAUGUAUGUGCUUGUAUAAUGAAGUUUAAGGUAGGUAAUCAAUAUUUUAUUUUUGUAAUUCUCAGUACGAAUUCAUAUUAAUUAUCUAGUUCUAAGAAAAAGUGCCUUGACGUAAUUUAUACCUUAUACAAGUAUGUAUUGCUGAAAUGUCUGUAUUACACAGAAUCUCUUGUUUUCUUGCUAUUCUGUUUUAUAGAGUUGUCACAUGACAUGAUUACGUAAAAUAAAUUGUUACACAAAUUA